GAGGUUACUGAAGAAAUUUGGGCAGCAUACAGUAAACGUCUGUCCAGCGCACAGAAAAGAUGUUCAGAAUCCGAACUUCGCAGCUCUUCAGACAGCUGGUUAGACACCAAUCUACAGACAGCAGCCUUAUCCUAGAAAAAUCAAUUAACCGCGUCCAGCUGCUUGGACGAGUGGGGCAAGAUCCGGUAAUGAGACAGGUGGAGGGACGGAACCCGGUCACCAUCUUCUCCAUGGCAACCAAUGAGAUGUGGCGUUCCGGGGAAGUGGAGAACUCCCCCGCAGAUGUCAGCCAGAAGACAACGUGGCAUCGCGUGUCCAUUUUUAAGCCUGGCCUAAGAGAUGUGGCCUACCAAUAUGUGAAGAAAGGCUCGAGGGUUCUAGUGGAGGGAAAGUUGGAUUAUGGGGAGUACGUAGACAAGAACAACGUCAGGCGCCAGGCAACCACCAUCAUUGCAGACAACAUUAUCUUCUUGAGCGACAACCUUCGAGGGAGGGACCAAUGAGGAAGUGGUGUCCAUCAGCUAAAAGACGUUAUUUUUGUAUAACUACUAUAUUGUCUGUACUAUCUGACUGUAAGGAGCUGUGAGACGGCUAUCUCAAGGAGUAUUGUCUUCACUGACGGAAGUUGGCUGGAGUGCUUCUGAGUAGGCCUAAACAUUGCAUCAAUUGUGUAUAUCUCAUCCUGCAACUUUUUUCUUAUGUUAAUAUCUCUUUGUAGUUUUAGUCCUUUUGCGCUACUCUUGGUGGAGUAUUACCAAAGGAUUUGAGGUUCAAAGCGGAACGAAAAUAGUUUUUAUGUUUUUAUUUUUUUCUCCUGAGAAUCCAAGUCACCAAUAAGUGAGAAUGAGUCAUGUUAUGUGACUCACUUUGAUCUGCCUCAUCCAAGUUACCAAGUAUUGUGGCUUUGCCUCCACCUAAAACUAUGAAUACUUGAAUGUGUUUAGUACUGAAUGUUGGACCACCUGUUCUUCUAAACAUGUCUUUCUGUUCUAUUUCAAAGAUGAUUUGAAACUUGUAACUGUUUAUUUUCAGUUUCAUUACCAUUGUAAGUUAUUUUGUUCCCCUGAUGUGUCUAUUCUCAACUCAAUUAUUACUGUGCCACGUUUGUAAUGGUAUGUAUUAUGUAGAAUAUACUUUUUGCAAAACGUUUGCAUUUCUCUUAAUUUAAAAGUCCAUGUGAGUGACAGGCGAUUCAUUGCUAAAUUACAUUCGAGCUGCUUGUUGUCAGACCACUUGAGUUGCAGAGAAAGUUAUUGCAGUAGAAUUGUGUUUGUCUUCAAAGCACAGUUUUUCUUGAUGGAACCUGGUUGCUUGAUUUGCACCCCAGGGAGGCGACGUUAAGAGGAAAUCAUUCUUGUCUUUUUCUGAUUUGUUACAAAAAGUACGUACAUUUUAUUUCAUUGGCUUAUUGUCUUGUCAAUCCAAGAGCCUAGAAAACUUGGAUUGGUCGCAGACUCGUUCAGUCACAGACAUUUAGGAAUCAGUCUUUGAAAAUAAGUACUAACUUUAUUGGUCUGACGCAGAUUUACGGGGGCGGGAUUUUGUCUGUGGAAGUUGUAGUCUCGGUUGAUUUAUUGUUUCAUGUUUACACUGCUUAGAUGUUGCGCUAAAUGUAUAUGCAUUGUAUUGUAUAAACCUUAACCGUGAUGCACCG